AUGGAACAAGAUAACCCCAAAACAGAUAUCAUCCUCUCCAUGUCCCAUACUCCAACAGAAGAUUAUAUUCAACAAAUAGUCCAACGUCUCAAAUCCUACGAAUUCCGUAAACGACUCUACCCAGAGACAGUCAAGAGAAUAUGGUUUUACGAGACCGCACCUAAAUCAUCUAUCACUUACAUCUGCGAAACUCACCCUGCUCAUAUCCGGGCAAGAGAUGGUCCACUGAAGGAAGAUGGUAUAGGGAAUAAGGAAUAUAAUGAAUAUCAUCAAGAUUGGGAAGGAUACGAUUACGCAUAUAGGGUCAGAAGUUGUUAUAGGAUCAAGAAACCGAUUGGGUUGGAAGAGAUGAGAAUGAAAUUUGGGAUUGGAGGGGCACCUAGAGGGAUGGUCUAUGUUCCGGGAAGGAUGAUGGAGGAUGUCAAGGUGGAGGAGCAGGAAUGUAUCUGGAAGGAAGAGUGA